CUCUCUCUCUCUCUCUCUCCAUAGAAAGGUGUGUUUGGUUUGUAAGUGAAAACAAAAAUGGGUAUUGUGAGUGUGGCCUGCAUUGCCUCCAUUGUCUCACUAUUGUCCCUUGUUGACGCUAGAGUCCCAGGAGUUUACACUGGAGGAGCCUGGGAAAGCGCUCACGCCACCUUCUAUGGGGGCAGCGAUGCCUCCGGCACAAUGGGUGGGGCUUGUGGAUAUGGUAACUUGUACAGCCAAGGCUACGGAGUAAACACUGCAGCGCUAAGCACAGCACUGUUCAACAAUGGGCUAAGCUGCGGCGCAUGCUUCGAGAUCAAGUGUGCCAACGACCGCCAAUGGUGCCACUCCGGCAGUCCAUCAAUCUUCGUCACCGCCACCAACUUCUGCCCGCCAAACUACGCACUCCCCAACGACGAUGGUGGCUGGUGUAACCCUCCUCGUACCCACUUCGACCUCGCAAUGCCCAUGUUCCUUAAGAUCGCCGAGUACCAUGCCGGAAUCGUCCCCGUCGCCUACCGCCGGGUGCCCUGCCGGAAGCAAGGAGGCAUCAGGUUCACAAUCAAUGGGUUCCGCUACUUCAACCUGGUUCUAAUCACCAACGUCGCGGGUGCAGGGGAUAUCGUGAACGUCUGGGUCAAGGGUUCCAAGACUGGUUGGAUGAGCAUGAGCCGAAACUGGGGUCAGAACUGGCAAUCGAACGCCGUUCUCGUUGGACAGUCUCUCUCUUUCAGGAUCAGAGCCAGUGACCGUCGCAGCUCCACCUCCUGGAACAUAGUUCCGGCGGGUUGGCAGUUCGGUCAAACCUUCACCGGAAAGAACUUCAGAGUCUGAAAAGUCAAGGAAUGAAUUUCAAAUUUCCCGCCUCAAAUUGUUUCUGCUUUUAGCGCCAUUGAUAGAAGCUGUGUUGGUUCUUUUUGGCUGUGUACACUGUUCAGGUUGUUGGAGAUUGUGAAAGUUACAAAUUAGAGAGAGUGAAAGGGAGAGGGAAAAUACUUUUUUGACUUUCUGGGGGUUUGGUUUGAGAAAGUAAGGUAAUGCUGGGGCGGCUGCAGAAAUAUGUAGCCCGCAGCUUUUGAAAAAUGUUACUAUAAUUUAAACAAUGUUUGUUGUUGUAAUCUAUAGUUUGUUUGUUGGGAAAUAUAUACACUUCUUUG